AUGGAUACCGUAUACUCCAUAUUUCCGUCAGAAAAUGUUCCUACCAAUAAUAAAUUAAUGCAAUCGGUAACUCCCCCCGUUACAGCAACAUCCUCAUUUUUUGAUUCCACGAAACAACUUGAUAUGUAUUCACUAAAUCCUCAACCAACUUUACAAGAAAAUACUGCGUCCACAUUAUAUUCUUCGCAAUAUAAUUUUACGGAAAAUUUCUUAAAACCUUGUCCUUCGAACGGUUUUAAAACUGAGUAUUAUGAUAAUAACCUCAUUUUUAUCCCAGAAGAAUUGGAUACCAAAAAGGAAUCGAAAUUUGCAACGACAAAUAAUUAUUUAUAUCCUCUAACCCCAACAUCACCUAAAUUCGUACCCAACGUGUUACCAAUAGUUACUUCUGAUUCUAUUAUUGACUUGUCUCAACAAGCGGAUUAUUAUUAUGAACAAGGACAAUAUUUCCUUCACUCUGUGAAACCUCAAAACCCCUUUUUGGCAUUUUCUUGUUUCCUAAAGGCGGCAAAUCUGGGUUUGACACGUGCCAAACAUCAGGUAGCCUAUUGUCUCCAACAUGGACUCGGGGUAGAUAAGGAUGAAAAAAAGGCAGUUAAAAUAUACUUGGAAUUGGUUGAAUUAAAUCCUCCAAGUUCGGCGAGCUUCUGUCAAUUAGGUAUCUGUUUUCAAAUGGGCAUUGGAGUGGAAGUUGAUGAGUCACGUGCAGUUAAUUAUUAUGAACAAGCUGUGCACCUAGGCACCGAUGCAAUGUUUAAUCUUGCUUAUUGUCUUCGAUAUGGUCUUGGUACUACAAUUGAUCAUUGCCGUGCCUUUAAUUUAUAUAUACAACUUGCGGAAUUGGGUGAUCCACAAGGAAUGAAAUUUGUGGGUAAUUGUAAAUCAGCUGGGAUUGGAACUAACAAAGAUGAAAUGGAGGCCCUUAAAUGGUAUCAUCGCUCGAGCAAAAAUAAUUAUUAUUGGGGAGGUAAAAUGAAAUAUGCGUUAUCGCUUAUAGAUGGCACAGUUAUAAUACCUCCAAAUUAUGAUGAAGCUUUUCGUUUAAUAAAAGAAGUUUGUGAAAACUUCCCUUCAUGUCCUGGUCCUGGUAAAAUGCUCCUCGGUCAGUUUUAUCAUUUUGGAGUAGGAUGUCAACAAAAUUUACAAAAAGCAUUGUAUUGGUAUGAAAGAGCUUUACAGAGUUAUUUCAUGUCAAUUUCAUUUGUGCAAGAAUGUAAAUCGUUAAUUGGGGAUAUUAAAAUUCAUCAAGAUUUAACACAAUACUGA